AUGAUUUCCGACGGCGAUCUUUACCGACUGGCCAUCUUCCUCGGCUCCUGUGCGAUGAUGAUGAUUGUCCUCUACCACUUCCUCGAUGUGAACGCCCGCGAAGACCAGUCGCCCGCGCCCGCCGGGAAACCCACCCGAACGCCCACCGAAUCCACAUCCUCCGAGAGUGCAGGCACCUCGGCUCCCGCGGCCGCCAAAGCAAAUUGA